UUAACAGAGCAUAACUCUAACGUCGUGUAUUCUGACGACUGUGAUAUCUGAACAUUUUACACGCUGCUGCUUAAAUAGGGAAAAAUAACAGGAAAGCUGCCAAAACAUAAGCGUAGCCGGACCGAUGACGCAGACGGAACUGCUGCAGGAACUGACGAACGAGUGCCGCUACGACAAGAUGGUCAGACCGCCCGGUGAGCUGAACGAUCGCGAGCCGGUCAAGGUCUGGGCCAGGGCCUACAUCUACACCAUCAAGUCCAACAUGGCCAAGACUCUGCAAUUCGACGUGCACAUGAUGCUGCAGUUCCGCUACCUGGACACUCGGCUCAAGUUCGAUGACAUCGCGCCGCACCAGAACCAGAUCUACGGCGGACAAUCGGCGCACGAUCUCAUUUGGACGCCCUCGGUGUACGUGGCCAACGAGAGGAGUUCCGUCAUCAUGGGCAACAGCGUCAAGGAUCUGCUCAUCUCGAUCGAUCCGUCCGGUAUGGUCGUGCUCAAUACCAGGUUGGAAGCGAUUCUCAAUUGCGGUUUGCGACUCGAGAAAUUCCCCUUCGACGUGCAGGAGUGUCCGAUGGUUUUCGAAAGUUGGACACACAACGUUCAAGACAUGAUCCUGAACUGGGACGAGGCUCCCAUUGUCCUCGCCGACGAGCUGCAUUUGACCGAGUAUCGGUUGGUCGAGCAGUGGGUAAACCGGUCGGAAGUCUCUUACACCACGGCGCAGCAACAUUACGGACACUUUGCCGGCAACUUCAGCUCCAUCAGCAUAACGUUCAAGCUCGCCCGUGAAAUGGGCUUCUUCAUGAUGGACUACUACAUACCCUCGAUCCUCAUCGUCGUCAUAUCGUGGGUCUCAUUCUGGCUACACGUGGACGCCAGUCCGCCUAGGAUCGUUUUGGGCACCAACACGAUACUCGCCUUCAUGACUCUCGCCUCGAAGGUCGAGAAUUCGCUGCCGAAGGUGUCCUACAUCAAAGCCAGCGAGAUUUGGUUCCUCGGCUGCACGAUAUUCCUCUUCGCCGCGAUGGUCGAGUUCGCCUUCGUCAACACGAUCUACAGGAGAAAAAAAAACGUGCCUCUGAAGAAGGUCAACAGCAAGUACAUCCUCAAAUCGACGCUGACGCCGAGGCUGGCGCGAAAGCAGUUCCAAAAGAACACGACCGGCAUCGAGAGGUCUCGAUCCUGGUCGUCCCUCGACAACGGCAACGUAUCCGAGAAGGAUUACACGAGCCAGAAUUACCUCACCAUACACAGCUUCCCGAGCACGAUAAACGUGCCCGCUGUGAGGAUAGACGACGAGAAGGACUACUCGAUCGGCAGCGUGGUAACGAUCGACAGCAAUCCAUCGCCUCCACCACCGGCGCCCCCGGUGGCCAAGCCGUUCCAGCGACGCGGGACUCUUGCCCGGCUCAACACUUUCACGACGAUGACGCCCCAGCAAAUCGCCCAGUGGAUCGACAAGCGGUGCCGCAUCGUUUUUCCCGUCUCCUUCCUCAUCUUCAAUAUCCUCUACUGGUCGUUCAUCUGGAUCUGAAGUGGCUGUUGCUACUGCUGUAUAGUGUGUGUGUGUGUGUGCGUGUGCGUGUGUGUGUGUGACGAUCACCCAGUUUUGGGGGAACUUGCAGAACGCGAACGCGAUCUGAUGGAAGAAGAAUUUCAGUGCAGGGCCAGUUUAUUGUAUACGAGUGUCGAUUUAUUCGUAAUAUAAUGUAGGAAUAGAGCCUGAUAAGAGAAACCUAGUUUUUUACGCGGAUCAUAUAAUAUAAAAGUGUAUAGGCUAAGUGAUAGGAUUUUAUAAAGAACAAAGAUUUAGGUAUGAAUGAUCGGCUCUUAUUUACUGCGAGAAGUUUCAGCGAAGACUUUUUUUCACGAAAAGCGAUCAUCAAAGAUUUUAGUUUAUAUAUGCAUAUAUUGUACGCGCGUUUAUAGAAUUAUUUAACUUUUUGACUAUAAGUUUAUAACAGUGUAAUAUAAUUGAAAACCGUAAAUACACGUUUUUCACGAGAAGGAAGAACAUGAUUACUUACUUAUACAACGACAGUGAAGAGUAUACGUAGAAUAAUAUGCUGUCAAUUUUAAGACGAAUUCAAUCAUAGAUGUGAUUUGCAUGCGAACGGUAUAUCAUAAAUCGACACACACACACACACACAUAUAUAUAUAUAUAUAUAUAUAUAUAUGUGCGCGUGUGUGUGUAUAUAUAUAUACACAUGAAUAUAAGGCAAAUUAAAAUAAAAGAAGCUACGCAUGGCCAAGUGCCUAAUAUAUUCGAAAAAAUUCAAAUGUGUCAGUAUAAUACGCGACAAUGAUAUUAUACUACUUACCCUCUGCACUUUAAUGCCUUACUUGUUCGCAACCUUGAGAGUUAGUUUGUGUCAGUCGUCCAGAGGGUAUUUAUUUAUUUAUUUACUUGAUCAAUUAAUCAUGCAAAUGAUACGUCAGAAGUGCACCAGCUUUCAGCUAUUUUAGCAACCCACAGAAGACAAAGUUAAUCUUAUAUGUUAUAAAAGGACAAACAAUAAGUAACGAUGAAAUAAUCUUUGUGUAUUGUUGACUAAUUUUUUUUUUUUCUGUCAUGAAAAUGAUGGACAUACGUGAGGCUCUUGGGCCAAAAAGUAACUUCAAGUACAACAUUUUUUUUCCUCAGUGCCUGUGGAAUAUGGCCCUUGCAAUCUAAAAGUAGCAAAGUAAUAUUCGAAUUCUUAUGGAUCACUCAAGAAUUUAUCAUCACGGGGGCCGAGGUAUAGGUCCCUAUUAUUAAUUUUUUAGUGAGAAAAAUCUUGUGAGUCAUAUACAUGACGUAUGAUUCUUAAAACUUUUUGAAUUUCCUAUUUUAGUCCAUCAAAUUAGUCGAAAUUUAUAAAGAAAUAGACCUGCCCUUUCAUAUAUAAUAGACUUAAUGACAUUGUGUUUGCGAACGGUAUCAUAAAUCAGCACAAGGUAAAGUAAUAUAAUUCAGAAAUUUUUUUAUAAAUAAUGAUACAAACUAUAUUUACACGUGAUUUUUAGAUGAAAAUUCUUCGUCGCAAAAUACAAAAUCAUUGGGACAGUCUUACAGACGAAUCUGAAAUUCAAAUAUUAGCUAAAACUGUAAAAUUCGGAAUGUUAAUUAAUGUAGGAUUCAUAUCGGUAGGUAGCUUUACUCAGCUUAACUACGCAAUACAUGUAUUCGAAUAUCAUUCCUCUUCUACCACUG